GCCAUAGCACUUUUGACGUUCACGGUAAUCGGUGGCCUUCGUACACUGAAUUCGAUUUUACAUUAAAAUAAGUAAUAAACGUGAUUAGACGACGACAUGAAGUCGAUUCUUGUGACCGGCUGCAACCGUGGAAUAGGGUUAGGUUUGAUUAGGCAUUUAGUGAAAGAAAAAAAUCCCCCAAAACACGUAAUAGCAACCUGUCGAAGCAUUGAAAAGGCGAAGGAUUUGCAACAAAUUGCUUCUGAAAAUAAAAAUGUCCAUCUUUUGGAAUUGGAUGUUCGAAAUUACGACGAAUAUGACAGUUUUUCGAAAAAAGUGGGAAAUAUUGUCCAAACCGAUGGCUUGAAUAUCCUUUUUAACAAUGCAGGAGUUUCGUCCAAAUUUACAAGAGUUCAAUUGGUUAAAUAUGAUCAAAUGUUAGAGGCUUUCAAAGUUAACACUAUUGGUCCAGUUAUGCUUACAAAAGCUUUAUUACCACUUUUGAAACAAGCCGCUAAAAAUAAUUCCGAUAAGCCUUUGGGAGCACAGAAGGCUCUAAUUGUUAACACCACCUCAGUUUUGGGGUCUAUUGCCCUGAACAGUGAUGGAGGAUUUUUUCCUUACAGAUGUUCAAAGGCUGCUUUGAAUAUGGCAACAAAAUCUUUAAGUAUUGAUCUCCAAAAAGACGGAAUUCUGGUGACUGGAAUCCAUCCAGGAUGGGUGAAGACUGAUAUGGGAGGAUCAAAUGCACCCAUAGAUGUAGAUACAAGUGUCAUGGGUAUUUUUGAAGUAAUAAGAAAUGUGAAUGAAACACAUAAUGGGGGUUUCUACCAAUAUGAUGGAAAACAGCUAGAAUGGUGAAACUUGAAACAUAACAAAAGUUGCUGCUUUUAAUUAAUAUUUAUUUGGUUAUGUUUCAUAUAGUUUAUUUCUUUAAGUUGUUGUUAUCAACAUUACACAGGGAAAUAAAAUAAAAUUAUAAAAACUGCA